AUGGACUUAGUAACUGUAUUGUUGGAUUUUGGAGCCGACCCCAAUCAAGAGACCAUUGGAUGCCUGACGGUCCUCAACCUCUGCAUUAUGCAAUAUCUUCACCAGAAGGCAUCGGCCAAGGCCAAAUCCCGAAUGUCCUCAAGGUCAAGAAACCACUUCAUAGUCUGCCCAUCAUACGUUGAAAACGAAGCCUCCUCGAGCAGUGAGCAAAGCCUGAGCGAGCGAAGUGAUAGCGAGUACGAGAGUACCAAUGAGAGUGAGGAUUUGGAAUGCCCUGUGCUGACGAAGAAGAUUUGGUACAAAGCUGAGCUGCGCUGGCAGUUACCUUCUGAACCUGUGGUGUCCCAAACCCCAGCGCCCACUUUCUCGCGGCUGGCCACAGAAUUGGACGGAGACAAACCACCGAGAAGUCAGUUCCGUGUAUUUACACAAAUUUUCGUCUCCGCGGUUUGUACCCAAAUAUAA